AUGACGAGCUCAGACAAAGAAAAAUGGGAGAAGGCAAUGCAGGACGAGAUGAAAUCCUUGCAUGAAAAUCAAACGUAUGAACUGACUGAGUUGCCCCAAGGAAAACGAGCUCUAAAGAACAAGUGGGUUUACAAAAUUAAGCAUAAGGAUUAUGGCCAGAAGCAAAGAUACAAAGUCCGGAUUAUGGUGAAAGGCUGCAAUAAGAAGAAAGUAGUUGAUUUUGAAGAAAUCUUCUAUCCUGUUGUAAAGAUGACUGCGGUCCGAACCGCGUUAGCCAUGACGGCUUCACUGGACCUCAAAGUGGAGCAAAUGAAUGUGAAGACGACAUUCCUUCAUAGCAACCUUGAUGAAGAGAUUUAUAUAAAGCAACCAGAAGGGUUCCGAGCUCCAGGAUGCAAAGACUUAGUACUUAUCACAGGAAAUACAAGUGUGAAGGUAGUGAUACUAAACAGACCUCGGAAGCUAAAUAGCCUUUCCCAUGAAAUGAUUUGUCAAAUCAAAAAGAAUUUAGAGUUAUAUGAGAAUGACUCAUCAGUCAAACUUGUGAUAUUGAAGGGUAAUGGAAAAGCUUUCUGUGCUGGUGGUGAUAUAGUAUCAGUAAUUACCUCUGCACUUGUAGGACACUGGACCUAUCCUGUUAGCUAUUACAAGAAACAUCUUACUUUGGACUAUUUGAUAGCAACCUACAAAAAGCCUAUAGUCUCUCUCAUCAAUGGAGUAGUCAUGGGAGGAGGAGCAGGACUUUCCAUGAACACAACAUUUAGGAUUGUGACUGAAAAAGCUGUAUUUGCUAUGCCAGAGGCAUCUAUAGGACUUUUUCCGGAUGUGGGGGCAAGUUACUUUCUUUCUAGGCUUCCUGGCUAUUUUGGGGAAUACUUGGGGCUUACCGGAGCACGUUUGGAAGGAGCAGAAAUUGCAGCAUCUGGUUUAGCAACUCAUUUUGUCCCAUCCAUGAAGCUAUGUUCUCUGCAAAAAGCCCUAGAAGCUGUUACUUCUUCAAAUGUAUCAACAAUUGCCACAAUUACAGAAACUUUCACAGUUAAAGCAAAUGUGAAGGAAAAUAGCUCUUUUAGAAGAUUGAAGACAAUAAACAAAUGUUUCUCAAAAGGGACGGUGGAGGAAAUUAUUCAAUCCUUGGAGAAUGAAUUAGAAAUUGGAGCAGAAAAGUGGAUCACGAAUGCAUUAAGCUCCUUGCGUUCAUCUUGCCCCACGAGCCUCAAGAUUUUUCUUAAAUCAAUCAGAAAAGGCCGGGUACAAAAUAUUGAACAAUGUCUUCAUCGGGAUUAUAAAAUUGCUUCCCACCUCCUCAGAAGGACUAAUAGCAACGAUCUCUAUGAGGGUUCAAGAGCAAAGCUGUUUGAUAAAGAUAAUAAACCAAAGUGGGAGCCUUCACAGCUGGAACUGGUUAAUGAAGAAAUGGUGGAUCAAUACUUCAGGAAUGUCAAUGACGAGGAAUGGGAGAGUCUACAAUUUCCUGAUAGAUCCCAUUCCCAAAAAGUAAGCAGGUUGUAG